AUGAUCAAGUCCAUUUACCAAUCCUUAUCACUCUCCCUUUUCAUCUUCCUUCUCUUCUCCUUGUCAUCUGCCCACAACAAAACCAAACAGGACCCACCAUCCUCGUCGUCGGGCACUAAUUACGCGGGCUGUUUCCCCAAAGUGUAUGCCUUUGGGGACUCGGACACCGAUACAGGCAACUGCAACUUCCUCGAGUCCCACUUGAAGAAUGAGGUCAAUUUCAACAUCUCGGCUCGCCUCGUGGUCGACUUCCUGUGUGCGGGCCUCUCCCUCCCGUCCCCACCACCCUACAAGACAUCAUCAUCUGGGAAUUUCAGCAGCGGCAUCAACUUUGCAGUCUCGGGCUCCACCAGCCUCGAGGUCACCGAUUUCUUCGGGCCCAAUAACCUGAGCAGCCUGUUCUGGAAAGGGGUCCCCAUGAGUUUUCGGACUCAGUCCGAUUGGUUCAGUGAGUACCUUCAAGGGCAAGCGAAAGGCGGAAACAAAGGAUCCCACGAAGCUGAUGUGGCAAAUGCUCUCUUUUGGGUUGGGCAGUUUGGAGUCUCGGAUUACAUGAGCUCUCAGGGCUCAUCCAUCUCUGUUCAAGCUAUAUCCAAGUCAUCCGUGAAGCACGUUUGUGAAAUCCUUACGACAAUUAUCUCGAGCGGCGCAAAGUACAUAGUGGUGCAGGGGCUGCCUCCUGUGGGAUGCUUCCCCUGCUACAUGUCGUCAGGCCCCAAGCAUGGCCUGGACAAAAUGGGGUGUGUCUCGGCCAUCAAUGCAGGCAUAAGUGCCCACAACGAGAUCCUCCAGUUGGCACUAGAGAGGUUUCGGAAGAUGCACCCACACUGCACUAUCGUGUACGCCGACUACUGGAACGCGUACCUCACCAUCACCACUAACCUUAAAAAAUACGGCAUGGAGGAGCCAUUCAAAGCCUGCUGUGGAUGCGGGGAUGGUCAGUUCAACUUCAACAAAAACAACAUCUGUGGCUCGCCCGGCACCUCUGUCUGCAAGGACCCUCACAAGUACGUCAGCUGGGACGGGAUUCGCCUCACGGAGGCCAUGCACAAACACCUGGCCAAUCUCUUCCUUCAUCAGGGCUUCUGUCAUCCAUCCUUUGAUGAGCUCGUCAAGAAAAAGAAAAGCAUGUAG